UGAGCGGGCCUGGCGGAGCCCGAGCGCGGCCCGGCCCGCAGCGCGGGGCCCCGAGCGCGACUUGCAUAACUCCUUUUGAGGAUCCCCUCAAAUACCUGGGUCUGGAGAACCCAAGUGAAGAGAUUGUUUUCUGAAGGCUGCGUUGGAGGCUGUGACAGAGCAGAGAGCCCGUGUGGAGCUGAUGGGGAGGCUUUCUGAAUAACAUGGCCCUUCGCCAUUAGCCUUGCCAUGACCACAUUUUUCACCAGCAUCCCUCCCUGGAUUCAAGAUGCAAAGCAGGAGGAGGAAGUGGGCUGGAAACUAGUUCCCAGGCCUCGGGGCCGGGAAGCGGAGAGUCAAGUGAAGUGCCAAUGUGAAAUCUCGGGGACACCCUUCUCAAAUGGGGAGAAGCUGAGGCCUCACAGCCUCCCCCAUCCAGAGCAGAGACCGUAUAGCUGCCCUCAGCCUCACUGUGGCAAGGCUUUCGCCUCCAAGUACAAGCUAUAUAGGCACAUGGCCACCCACUCGGCCCAGAAACCCCACCAGUGCAUGUACUGUGAUAAGAUGUUUCACCGCAAGGAUCAUCUGCGGAACCACCUGCAGACCCAUGACCCUAAUAAAGAGGCCCUCCACUGCUCUGAGUGUGGUAAGAAUUACAAUACAAAACUGGGCUACCGGCGCCACCUGGCCAUGCAUGCUGCCAGCAGCGGUGAUCUCAGCUGCAAGGUGUGUCUGCAGACCUUUGAGAGUACUCAGGCCCUGCUAGAGCACCUGAAAGCCCACUCACGCCGGGUAGCAGGUGGUGCCAAGGAGAAGAAGCACCCUUGUGACCACUGUGACCGGCGGUUCUAUACUCGUAAGGAUGUGCGGCGGCACCUAGUGGUGCACACAGGCCGUAAGGACUUCCUGUGCCAGUACUGUGCCCAGCGGUUCGGCCGCAAGGACCACCUGACACGUCAUGUCAAGAAGAGCCACUCGCAGGAGUUGCUCAAGAUCAAGACAGAGCCAGUGGACAUGUUAGGCUUACUCAGCUGCAGCUCCACAGUCAGUGUGAAGGAAGAGCUGAGCCCCGUGCUGUGCAUGGCCUCUCGGGACGUGAUGGGAACCAAGGCCUUCCCUGGCAUGUUGCCCAUGGGCAUGUAUGGCACCCACAUCCCUACCAUGCCCAGCGCAGGUGUGCCACACUCCCUGGUACACAACACGCUGCCCAUGGGUAUGAGUUACCCUCUGGAAUCCUCACCUAUUUCUUCCCCAGCUCAGCUCCCUCCAAAAUACCAGCUUGGAUCUACCUCAUACUUGCCCGAGAAAUUGCCCAAAGUGGAGGUGGAUAGUUUUCUGGCGGAGCUUCCUGGAAGCCUCUCUCUCUCAUCCACUGAACCCCAGCCCGCCUCACCUCAGCCGGCGGCAGCUGCGGCCCUCCUAGAUGAAGCACUGCUUACCAAGAGCCCCGCCAACCUCUCUGAGGCCCUCUGCGCUGCUAAUGUGGACUUCUCCCACUUACUGGGCUUUCUUCCACUCAACCUGCCCCCGUGUAACCCGCCCGGGGCCACAGGAGGCCUGGUUAUGGGCUACUCCCAGGCCGAAGCACAGCCCCUUCUCACCACUUUGCAGGCUCAGCCUCAAGAGUCCCCAGGAGCUGGGGGACCACUGAACUUCGGGCCUCUGCACUCCUUGCCUCCUGUCUUCACCUCUGGCCUGAGCACCACCACCCUGCCUCGUUUCCACCAAGCAUUCCAGUAGCCCCCAUGGAGGCCCUUGGCUCAGGCUCUGGUUCUGUCAGGGAGCCUUAGUACUCACCCCGUCCGUGUCCCCCAUGAAGGCAGCUGAGCUUUCAGAGCUGGGUUCGAAAAGAAAAAAUUCCAGAGUAUGUAUGGAGCACUUGGUUUGAGGGUUCAAGCUUCAGGAUUGAUUCUAGGAGAAGCCUUGAGUCCCAACCCCAUGAAAAGAUCUCAUACCAUAGGACUUCAGGUAUUUUUACUUUUAUUUUUUUUUAUCUGAAUCGGGAGCCACGCUUAGCCCUCUCCCUCUCCAAAGCGUCAGAACCUCCUUCUCUUUGGAGAAGGCGGAGGCCUCUUGGAGACACAGAGGGUUUCACCUUGGAUGACCUCAAGAGAAAUAACCCAGGAAGCCCGCCUUCUGGUCCCAACCUGCAGACCCCACAGCAGUCAGUUGGUCAGGCCCUGCUGUAGAAGGUCACUUGGCUCCAUUGCCUGCUUCUAGCCAGUGGGCGGGAGAGAGGGCCUCUAAUCUUCCCGACCACACCCAGACCUACUGUACCAGCACCCCAUCUUCAGUCAGUGUUUUCCAGCAACGGUACCGUUUACACAGUCGCUUCAGACACACCAUUUCAUCUCCCUUGCCAAGCUGUUAGCCUUAGAAUGAUUGCAGUGAAAACUGUUUACACACCGUGAAUCCAUUCCCACCAGUCCAUUCCAUUUGGCACCAGCCUGAACCAUUUGGUACCUGGUGUUAACUGGAGCCCUGUUUACAAGGCGGAGUCGGGUCUUGCUGACUUCUCUUCACUUGAGGUCACAUUUUUCCCCCGUGGGGAAAUAAACUGACUUUGGACUGCU